AUGGCUCGUCGACCAAAACGGUCGGCGCUCGCGGUAGCGAUCGCGUUGGUAGCGCUCUGCCAAGUGACGACCACGGUGCCCUAUCGGUGUUCGGCCAGCGGUGUUCCGCCGGCAGCAGUGGCCAGCAGUGGCGAGACAGAUGGUGCCGAUCUGGAUGUGGCUGCAAGCAGCCACCGGGCGCUGCUAAACCUUCCCAAAUUCGGCGAUCGGUUGGCUCCACGCAACCGACCCAUAGUGGAGGAGAUCGCAGGUGUCCGGCAGCCUCGAGGGCCUGUAGGGUAUGGUCGAGGUCCUGGAGCACCAGGGCUUGGUCCUGCGACCCACCCUCUUAGCCCCACCGAUGCUGACAUAAAGCGCAGUGACGUGAUGGUAGUGAGCUCGCGUAGUGUGAAGGGAGCCGCCGGUGUACGUGCUGGCUCCCAGGACCUCACCGAGGAGGACGACGAAGAGGAUGGCCCUGUGGCCGAGGACGAGCUAGAAGAAGGUGAUGGGGAUGUAGAGGAGGAGGAGGAAGAAGACGAAACCGAGGCAGAAAGGGUGGCUCGUGAAGGGGUAGCUCGCGUAACAGUUACUCCCGUCGGUGGCUUUUUCGCAGGUCAUGAUACUCGACCGCAGGAGUCGCAGACCGUGACAGUGGACGCGAGGAACAGUGAGGGGCGACUGGGAGGUGGUGGUGCGGCAAGAAUCAGUGAAACAGGAGGCCUAAACAUCGGAGGCAUCAGUAACGCGUCGUCCGCGCAAGCACACCGGCUCGAGAUGUCGACCGAGUUCUUCGUAGUGCCAUCAACGGCGUCAUCGGCGGCGUCCCGUUCGACGACCGUGCGACCAGGAGGCGUUGUCCUGGCAGCGCGCCAUCCUGCCGCAGCAUCCUCAGGCUCCGGUGGCCGUCAGAACGUGACCCCACCGACGGUAGUGCCGACCAGUGGGUACGCAAGUGGCCUGCGUAAGGAACCCUGGGUCGUUCCGGUGUUAGUGCUUGCGUCACUCUCGAUGCUGAUGAUGGCCGCGUUUGAGGUGUUCGUGUUGUGCAAGGCUUGGCGGACGUCACCUAGCCGGCGACAUCUUUUUCUCGGACAGAUGCUGUUGCUCGGACUGUUCGCUUGUUCCGGUCUAGCCGCUGUCCUGACCGUCAACCCAACCGUGCUAUCCUGCGCCACUAUGCGCUUUGGAGCCGGUGUAGCAUUCGCGCUCGUCUUUGCCUCGUUGCUGGUCAAGUGCGUCUUCCUGAUCAGCCUUAAUGGGGGUGUGUAUCUACCUGCGCCCUAUCAGGGUCUACUUCUGCUGUUCGCCGUCCUCAUCCAGGUCGCGGUCGGUGGCCAAUGGCUGCUGACGUCACCUCCAGGUGUCGACAACGUGCCCGUAACCGGAAGUGCGAGUGGCUCAGCUUCAUCAGGUGGAACAGCCGUAUCCAGCCGAUACCACCUUCUGCUGACGGCCGGUGACCUGGCUGCGACCCCCAGCCCCACGAUUCCCCUCUGCCACACACCCUUCUCCGAGCUGUUGCUGUCACUGAUUUACAUCGUCUUUCUGAUCGUGUUCGUCGCCGUGCUGGCGAUCAAGUCUCGCGGCAUCCGAGACAACUACCGCGAGGCCACGUACAUUGGGCUCGCGAUCGGUGGCAUCAUCCCGAUCUGGCUCGGGUGGACAUUGUGCGGGUUGGCUGUGGCCGAUCGGCAUAGGGAUGCCUGCCUCGCGUUCGGGCUCGUCGCCACUGCAUCGACCGUGUUUCUCGUCAUGUUCAUGCCCAAGGGCCGGCAGCUGGCCGCCAUGGGCAAGGAAGGCCUGUACGUGGAGGAUCGCGAGGAGCGCUUCAGUUCACUCAGCCGGGCCGGUUCCGGUUACUCACCGUCCUUCUUCCACUUCAAACCGAUCAAGUACGGCGUUAUGGGGCCUUCGCCCACGCUUCAAACCGCCAGCGCCAACCUGGUCGGGACGACGGCCGCCAGUGCCACCACCAAGCACCAUCAAGCUGUGGCCACUCUGGGCGGAGAUCGCGUUGCACUGGUUACGGCACCACCGAGCUAUACGCCACGCAUGUAUCAUUACUUUCCAGCACACAUGACACACCCCUUCUGUUACUACCCUUCUCUGGCACCGCAGCAGGCCCGAUACCCAGGUCUUUUUAUGCGGCCGGAUGAGACGAAUCUCUAUACCACGCUCGAACAGACGAUGAGCAGCAACCCGAACGUGUACUUCCAACGCGGUGGCGGCGUCCAUCCGGGCAUGAUGUACUGA